AUGGGUGAACUCCCGGUGUUCAGCGCGUGGGAAAAGGGUUCAACUGACUUAUGCUUUGCAUUGCUAUCGUGUUAUGCCGUUAUAUACUGUCGCGAAAGUGGGGGCCGUUUAACACGUUUCCUUUCGACCCGGUAUUUGCGGCCAAUACGGGCCGCACAACAGUCCGCAUAUCAGUUUCACGUACCGAUUAUAAUGGCAUUAAUUGGCGCCUAUUUGCCCGAAACGUACACUAUAACUAUGAAUUCGGAGAAUGAUGAAGAAAAAUACGACAAAGUGACUAGUAAGUUUUUUGGCUUAGGAAAUGGUAAGCCAUACCCGACAACCGCUGUGUUAGUCCAACAACUAUGUAAUAGUUCGGCCAAAUCUUUUGGCUCUAAGGCUCAGCCAAUGUUUAAUAAAUUAAAUACAAACAAUACCUACAUUAAAAUGAGAUGGUUUUGCAACGCAAAAGACCAGGGUAAACUGGGUCAGGUAUUAAACCUUAAAUCAAGCGAGACCAAAAAGUUGAGGGACACCGCUAUCGCGACUUUAGAAAGUUUGAACACAAACCGGUCAACUAUUGCGGACGCUUUCUGCAAUGAGCUAAUGAGGAAUGGUUUUGACUUAAUGUUCACCGACUGUCUGUUGGGCGGGGAAUACGCCGGGCGUCGGGCGGAUACCGGGCAACGGGUUAUGGGUAUUGAGUUCGGCCGCUGUAUUGCCACUCAAAUUAACGCCUGUGUCCUUAAUAUGGCUCCGAUACCCGAUCACUGGUCAAUGGCUGAGGCGGUGACUGUACUCAACAGCUAUUCGACAGUAUAUUAUGCACUCAUUAAAAAGGCUAAUAAUAUUAUUAAAAAAGGCGAAAGUGUAUUAAUACACUCCGGAGCGGGAAGUGUGGGUCAGGCGGCCAUUAAUGUGUGCCAACACUACGGAUGCGAUAUCUAUGUGACGGUUGAGACGGAAGAGGAGAAACAGUUUCUCAUCAAAGAGUAUAAUAUUCCAGAGAAUCGGAUCUUUUGCUCAAGAGAUAUGCAAUUUAAGAGUGAGAUAAUUGAGGCGACAAACGUUCGGGGAAUAAAUGUUGUGCUCAACUCAUUGACCGGCAAAAAGUCGGACUUGAGUUUUGAAUGUUUGGCAAAAAGCGGACGUUUUAUCGAGUUGAAAAAAUUGGACCAUGGGCAAAAUGGUCACAAUCGUAAACGCAAUCCAUACGAUUUUGACGGCGAUUUUCAAUACAUCGGAGUUUCAGCCAAUCUUUUGAUUACAGACAUCGGGUUUUUGCCAGAGUUUUAUGAAUGGAUUCAACAGAACUCGUGUUUGAAUGGUUUUGUCCGGCCAUUGAGUUAUACAGUAUUUGGGGCCAAAAGAGUUGUCAAUGCGUUUCGUUAUAUGACUACCGGUCGACACAUCGAGAAACUUAUGAUCUGA